UAGAUACUGAGCAACUAGUGCACUUUAAAGAAGCUGAAUUCACUAAUGUGAAAGGAUGUCUAGAUAUCUUUGGGCAUGUAUCGUAUCACUGGUCAGUCAAUGGUCAAUGUCAUUAUAAAGCAUUACCCUGUUUGAACAUGGCAAACCAAAUGGCUAUAUUCACGGGUUAGCAAAGCUAGUUUAAAUGUUGGAAGUCUGCUUUUUUUCCUUUUAGGAAAAUGGUCAUCAGCUGGGGCCUAGGACGGAUUUAAAGCUCUAAAACCUCCACAUGUACAAGAUGACGGUGUGGUGCCAAGUAGGAAGUGAAAGUAUGGGGUUGUUGUUGCUGUGGAAAAAGAAGAUUGUGCAAGUGUUUUCUUUUUUUUGGAAGUUUAGACGUAUACCACAUUGCGCAAGAGAGGGCUUUAUAAGAGCAUGACACAGAUCAGCUGUUAAAGGCCUCUGACCAAAGGUAUGCUGCAAACUUCUGUGGGAACUAAGCCAUUUUACAGUCAAGAUGGUGGAUGUCAAUUUUGACUUAUCGAGUGAUUACCCGGAUUACAAUUACACGGCAGAUAACCAGACCUAUGAAGAGGUACACACAGCUCACAGACAGCGCCCAAUUUGUUCUGGAGAAGUAUUCUGCAUGCUUUUGCUGGUCUUCAAUGCGCUCAUUUUCGUGCUGGGGGUUGUGGGAAAUGGUGUGGUCAUCUGGAUUGCUGGAUUUAAGAUGAAGAAGUCGGUCAACACCACCUGGUACCUAAGUCUGGCCUUGUCCGACUUCAUAUACUGUGCCAGUCUGCCCUUCAACACCAUCUACAUGGCUACCUUGGACUGGACUUUUGGCCUUUUCAUGUGCAAGUUCACAUCCUUCGUCAUGUUCCUCAACAUGUUCAGCAGCAUCUUCGUCCUUGUGGUCAUCAGCAUGGAUCGCUGUGUGUCGGUCAUGUUUCCUGUGUGGGCGCAGAACCAGCGCACCAUAAGCAAGGCUUCCGUUAUGGUCAUUCUCUCAUGGAUUGUCUCUGCGGCCCUGAGCAUUCCAUCAGUCGUUUACCGUGACGUUCAGCAGCACCUCGGCACAAGCCGGUGCCUCAAUAACUAUACCACGAGCCAGUACAGUCACGCGACUAUUGCCAUGAGUCGGUUCAUUCUUGGGUUCGUCAUCCCGUUCCUGAUCAUAAUCAUCUGCUACUCCAUCAUCAUCGUCAAGCUGAGGAGCAAUCAGAUGGCCAAGUCCACCAAGCCAUUCAAGGUCAUGACGGCGCUCAUCGUGGCCUUCUUCAUGUGUUGGAUGCCAUAUCACACAUUCGUACUCAUCGAGUUGAACCAAAGCCUCUCUAACACUUUCCUCACCCUAGGACUCCAAAUCGGCUCCUCGACUGCCUCAGCCAACAGUUUCCUCAACCCCAUUCUUUACGUAUUCAUGGGCAACGACUUCAGGCGGAAGUUCAAGAGUUCUAUCCUAUCAAAGAUUGAGAAUGCAAUGGGUGAAGAAGGACGCACACUGAGCCGCUAUCUGUCCCGCUCUAGCUCUAUGGAUGCCAGAGCUUCCACUCAUAUCUGACACUUUGACUUGAUGUCAUAAUGUGAUAUAAACUCACAGUCUAACAAACUUGUACAUAUUGGCAAUAUGUGUUGUUCUAGUAACAAAUUACUUUAAUUUACCAAAGUCUUCAGGCGACUACUAGCUGAUAACAUGUUAAUGAGGCAUUAAUGAUGUGCUAAAAAUACAUUAACAUAUUGUCGCUGUCCAAAGAAUACCAUAUAUCUCCAUUUUUGACUAUUUUUAGUUUUCUAAAUCAUUUCAACUCACCAGGUCUCCUUUGCAUUCUGUACAAAUUUCAUGAUGAUUGGACCAAUAGACAUGCUCUGAAAUCAUUUGGAAUAAAUAACGUUUACAUUGACUUAUAUAGGAAGGUGAGAGAGUUUAUGCCUUCUCCUGUAAAGUUUUCCAUUUUCUUUGGACAACAACGAUAUUUUCCUAGGUUGACCCUAGAAACCAUCCAGCGUUCCAGGACAAAGCCCAGCUGCGAUGCAUUGUACGUUGCUAUGGUAGAAUCUGUGAUUGUAUUCGUCUUGUUCAAGUGCAACUUUGAAAUGACUUUGAAAUACCUUUGGCAAGACUGGACAGAGCCCACAGGAGACUUGUGGAUAGGUCAAAACUAACACAAGCAACAGUGAAGUGGAAAGCUCCAGUUCCCUUCGAGAGAAUCCACAAGCUUUAUGAAAAAGAGCAAGAAGCUGUAUUCAUAGAGGAUUUGAAACCAUGUACGACUGUAUAUAUCGAAUAUACCCAACCUUUUUUUCAGGUGGGGGGGGGUUAAAGUGUGCUGUUUGUUGUGGCAAGAAAGACAAACAAUAAGCAAUAUAAUGAAGGCAGGCAGGGUUCAAUUUAUUUAAAAAAGCAUUUUGUAGCAAACGUCUUAAAAAUGGAAAAAAAAGAUGAAUACAUUCACCAACUGUUCAUUGUGUAAUGGAAGUGAUGUUUACAUUCACAAGAUAAAAAUACUGUUACUGAAUCAUUGAAAGGAAUUCUGAUUAACCUUAUUUAGCUCGCUCAUGUAGCUGUAACAAAAUAUACUGCUUUUUAAACAGAAAAAAAUCCUCCUUUUGGUUCAAAUCUGAACGAUUAAUCUAUGAUUAAUCGGUUAUCUCCACAAGAAAUGUGAAUAAAGACGAUUCAUUCUUUCAA